AUGUUCGAUGAGGUGAUGCAGAAUGAGGGAUAUCUGAACAUGUCGAACGCGAUUAAUAAGACGAAACCUAUCACUUCGACGAACAACACACCUGUACGAUUGGCCCUCGACGCUGGAGAGACCAUGAACACAACGUUAUCGCUCAACCACACCACUGGCCUCAACAACGGAACAUUGAUUGACCCAUAUUCACCGGAAAUGUUCUAUCGUUGGAGGCUACCUAUGGAGGUGAUCAUUUCCUUGGUAACUUAUGCGCUACAGUAUUGGUGGCUUAUCUUGUUAGAGAGGAUGUUGCCUGCUCGGUCUCGGCCAGAGUAUAAAGAGCGACCGCCCCAGCUUGAAGAGAAGGUGGAAAAUAGCGAAGAUCGAGAGGAAGAAUUCGUCCAGAAAUAG